CCGAAGAGGCGGCGGCGCUGGUGGCGGCGGCGGCGUUGGCGGCCGAGGCAGCUGCGUGGACUGAGGCGUUGGGAGGCCCAUCUCUGGCGAGCUUGACCCAGGCUUCGGCUCAUGGCACCGAGCGGCGUCCGUCGUGAGAUCAUCGACUGAAGACCAAAUAAGUAGCUAUGCAAAAUUCUCACAUGGAUGAGUACAGAAACUCUGAUAAUGGCAGCACAGGCAACAGUUCAGAGGUAGUAGUAACGCAUCCAGAUUUUAGUACUGAGAUUAUGAACGUUACGGAGAUGGAACAAUCACCCGAUGGCUCUCCCAGCGUGAACGCAUCUACAGAAGAAAAUGAAAUGGCAAAUGCUGUAGACCUUCCAGUGACAGAAACAGAAGGAAGCUUCCCUCCAGAAUUUGAAAAAUUUUGGAAAACAGUAGAAACUAAUCCUCAGGAUUUUACAGGCUGGGUAUAUUUGCUUCAGUACGUAGAACAGGAGAAUCACUUGAUGGCUGCCAGAAAAGCAUUUGACAAAUUUUUCAUACACUACCCAUAUUGCUAUGGUUACUGGAAAAAGUAUGCAGACCUUGAAAAACGACAUGACAACAUUAAACAAUCAGAUGAGGUUUAUCGACGGGGGCUUCAGGCAAUACCUCUUAGUGUUGAUCUUUGGAUACAUUAUAUAAACUUCUUAAAAGAAACAUUGGACCCUGGUGAUCCUGAGACAAACAGUACAAUAAGAGGAACUUUUGAGCAUGCUGUUCUAGCUGCAGGAACAGAUUUUCGAUCUGACAAACUAUGGGAAAUGUAUAUAAACUGGGAAAAUGAACAGGGCAAUCUGAGAGAAGUUACAGCUGUAUAUGAUCGUAUUCUUGGUAUUCCAACGCAGCUCUAUAGUCAUCAUUUCCAGAGAUUUAAAGAACAUGUACAGAAUAACUUGCCUAGAGAUCUUUUAACUUGUGAACAGUUCAUUCAACUGAGAAGGGAAUUAGCUUCUGUAAAUGGACACAGUGGUGAUGAUGGACCUCCUGGUGAUGACCUUCCAUCAGGAAUUGAAGACAUAACUGAUCCAGCAAAGCUAAUUACUGAAAUAGAAAACAUGAGACACAGAAUCAUUGAAAUUCAUCAAGAAAUGUUUAAUUAUAAUGAGCAUGAAGUUAGUAAGAGGUGGACAUUUGAAGAAGGUAUUAAAAGACCUUAUUUUCAUGUGAAACCAUUGGAAAAGGCCCAACUAAAAAACUGGAAAGAAUACUUAGAAUUCGAAAUUGAAAAUGGGACUCAUGAAAGAGUUGUGGUUCUCUUUGAAAGAUGUGUCAUAUCUUGUGCCCUCUAUGAGGAGUUUUGGAUUAAGUAUGCCAAGUACAUGGAAAACCAUAGCAUUGAAGGAGUGAGGCAUGUCUUCAGCAGAGCUUGCACUGUUCAUCUUCCAAAGAAACCCAUGGCACAUAUGCUUUGGGCAGCUUUUGAGGAGCAGCAGGGUAACAUUAAUGAAGCCAGAACUAUCUUGAGAACGUUUGAAGAAUGUGUUCUAGGAUUGGCAAUGAUUCGACUGCGAAGAGUAAGUUUAGAACGACGUCAUGGAAAUAUGGAAGAAGCUGAACAGUUGCUUCAAGAUGCUAUAAAGAAUGCCAGAUCAAAUAAUGAAUCAUCAUUUUAUGCUAUCAAACUAGCCCGACAUCUUUUCAAAAUACAAAAGAAUCUUCCAAAAUCAAGAAAGGUGCUUUUGGAUGCAAUUGAAAGAGAUAAGGAGAACACAAAGUUAUACCUCAAUUUACUUGAAAUGGAAUACAGUUGUGACCUCAAACAAAAUGAAGAAAAUAUCCUCAAUUGCUUUGACAAAGCCAUACAUGGCUCAUUGCCUAUUAAAAUGAGAAUUACAUUUUCCCAAAGAAAAGUGGAAUUCCUUGAAGACUUUGGUUCAGAUGUUAAUAAGCUUCUGAAUGCAUAUGAUGAACAUCAAACACUUCUAAAAGAACAGGAUACCUUAAAAAGGAAAGCUGAAAAUGGUUCAGAAGAACCAGAAGAAAAGAAAGUGCACACAGAAGAUAUGUCAUCUGCACAGAUCCUUGAUGGGGAUUUACAGGCAAAUCAAGCUGCAUAUAAUUACAGUGCCUGGUAUCAGUACAAUUAUCAGAAUCCUUGGAAUUAUGGACAGUAUUAUCCUCCACCUCCAACCUGAUGGAAAAAUGUAAAUUUCAGAUUGGUUAUAUGAGAAAUGUGGAAUUAUUUUUUGAAGGAUGUAAACAUAGCAUAAGCUUGUUGUAUUUGAUAAUGUCUUCCCAGUUUCUGUAUAACAUUUGUUUAGCUAAUCGUAGAAAAUGUCAAUUGGUGUACCAUAGAAACUUUCCUACCAUUUUUAAAAUUUACUUUUUAUUGAAGAACUAUUUUUAUUUUAUUUUCAUUAAGUGGUCUAGAAUUCUUUUGCAACUCAUGCAAGAGAUUUGUAGCCUUAAGUGUAGGAAAAAAAAAAAAACUGACUGCAAAUCAUGUCAGUUACAAGAUUCUGGGAAAAAAAAAGGGCUGGUUACUGAGAAUUUUCUCUCCUUAAAAAUAGGAUUUAAGAUAUCCUAAGGUUGUCUAUAUGUUUCAGUUAUAGUUGGAAAUUUGGCUCUAAUUGCAAGAAAGAUGAACUAUUAAUAUUAUAAACGAGAAAGUAUGUCAGCAUCCCCUUAAGAAAUGAAAUAUCAAAGUAUGCUUUGAAAACUUUGUAUCUAAAAUAUUCAUGUAAAAUUUGUAAGCUUUCAUUUUGAUCAGUUAUCUUUUUUUGUAAUAAAAAUGACUCAUGCAGCAAUUGUUUAUGAAUUCAUUUGUGGGAGGCAUACCAAAUACAAACAUUGAAGUAUGAUUUCUUCUCUAAAUUUAUUAUCUUCUUGACCUUUCACCAUAGAGUAUUAUUUUUAAAAUGUCCUAGACAAAGCUAGCCACCUUGAUUAACAGAGGAACUCCUGAGUUCUACUUUACCUAAUCUGAACAUUAGUACAGCAACAGAGUACAUCAGUCAAAUCAAGAUAAUCCAUGACAUUUUUAUUGAGCCUUUUAGUUUAUAAUAUGAGGUAAAAGGAAAAGCAGUUCUCUUUAAUACUUUACACAGCUAUAGUAAAAUAUCUGAGACUUAAAGGGACUUCCAGGGGAUUACAUUUCUCAAAUCAAGUAAACAAGCUUUAACUCCUUGGAUUUUCCAGUCCAUUCUUCCCUUAAAGUACUAACAAGCUCUAAUUAGUCACAUUAAGUUUCAAGGCCAAGUUUUUAUUGUUGCUGAUGUCUUCAGAUCUGAAGCAUUGGUUUCAGUCAAUAUCUACUAAUUCCACUUCAAAAAUGAGUUUGGUGUUUGGUGGAAUUCUGCAAGAAAUGGUCAAGGUAAAUUUGAUGAAAAGUGCCUCUACCCCAAACACUAAAUCACAGUAUAAUAUUAGAAUUGUGAAAUUUGGCUAUUAGUAAUUUAAACUCAAAAGGAAAGGAAGAGAGUUGUUUGGUGAUACACCCUUACUAAGUCCCAACAUUUUUGUGGUGAAGAUGGUUAGUUCAAAGGUAGCCCAGAGAGGUUGUCCCAAUAAAUUUAAGAGAUUUGUAUUUGACUCAGAGGCUAUCUUAAGUUUCCUAAGUGAUCAGUAGAAACCAUAAAAGUUGAAUUUCAACAACUAUUCUUACCUGAAUGACUCACUAAUGUACCGAAUUAGCCAUUAUCUUAUGAAGGCUACUAUAGUACUUAAAACAUCUGAGUGAAUCAGCAUCUAAGGCAGAGAAUGACGCCUAUUGUAUUAAAAAGCUAAGUUCAGGAGUGCUUGCUGACAUUAACAACUUUAAUGCCAGAACUAGAAGAGGCAGGCAGUUCCAGGGCUACACAGAGAAACUAUUUCCAAAAAACAAAGUAGGGGAAAAAAAAAAGGUAAUGGUUUCUUUGUACACAUCAGAUCAAUCUUAACAAUGCUUUCACAUGAGAUGAAGUUGCCAGCUAGCUGAAAUGAAUUUUAACUUUUUGUUAUUUGUGACAGGGUUUCUGUGUAGCUUUGGAGCCUGUUCUGGAACUUGCUCUGUGAAUUUAAAUUUUUAAGACUAGAGAGGACUUCCAACCUGAACUUCACUCCUUAUCCCCCACAAAUCCUACUAUAAAAACUAUUUUGGCCAACAAGUAUGGAAUCAACAGCUAAUAACUACUUUCCACUUAACUAUUAAAGCCUAAAUGGUAGAAUCAUUGCCUUUCUGUUUUUUGUAAAUGCUGACAAACCAAUUUGUCAUAGAAGUACUGUAAUUAUUAAUAAAUGCUUACUAACA